CUUCUCGUAGCUCCAAGUGUGACAUCUUAAUUUUUUUUGAGACUGGUCAUCAUGUUCACAAUAAACGAUUAAACAACGGGUCAAGUGCUGUUUGUCAGAAAUUUUUUUCUUAGUGACAGUGCUGUGAAUUUUGUCUUCGCAAAACGGAUCCUACGUCUAUAAGAUUAUUUCGGUCAAAGAUGAAGAGACAAACACGAUGUAUACUACUGGUAUUUAUAGUAUGUGCAAACCUGAAAGCAACUUUAAGUUUACCGGUUCCUGAAGAUGAGUUGGACACAUCCACGAGAUUACUUGGUUCCAGUGUGGUGACGUCCGUUUCGGUGGUGACAGGAAAUGAAAAAGAUGGAAAAAGAACUUUCCAGAGCAGAAAAGUUGUACCUCUACACGAACUUCCAGCAUCACCAGCUGGACUUCUAAGGCCUGAUAAGUUUCAAUUUUACACUUUAAAUAAAGAUGGUGAUGUUGUCACAAAACAGAUGACAAUGCAGGAAAUACAAAGCCUCAUAGCAGCAGGAGGAGGACAUUUUCCAACAGAAAUUCACCAAACACAAAUGGCUGGAGAGGUACCAACUGGAGGAAUGAAGGUAGCAGAUGUGGUUCAGAAUGUGCAGAACGUCUUGAAAGGUGAGCUGAGUAAACCAACCACAGUGAUGUCUUCUCUUCCUACAAUUCCUGGUCACAACAACGACGAAUGGAGUAGUAUAUUGCCAUCAAUAUUAGCCGGAGACAUGGAAAGUCAAUCAAUAAAUAUUCCAGAAACGGAAGUGGUUACCGAACUCAAUCAAAAGCUUCCGAUUCCCGAAAUAGAAAGCAAACCAGACUCAGAUCCCUUGGAUAUUAAAUUACAGACAGAAAUGAAACCUCUUUCGGAAAUAAAUAAUUCAAAGUUGAACAUAUCUUUAAGCACUCCAAGUAGUCCAGAAUCUGUUAAAACACCCACUAAAGAAAAACCAUCCACUAUAGAAAAUCACUCAAAAACACCUGUUAUAACUGAAAAAGUUCCUCAUGAUUCUGUAUCGAUUGGUACUCAGUACGAACCGAUCAACACUUACAGCACUUCUCAACCAAGCACUGUUCCCGAAAAGCAACAAACAAAACCAAUCCGACCGAGCAUUCCUGAUUCGUAUUCAAAGAUUCCUAGCUUCUCCAGUUCAGAGAAACCAAUUUUCCAUAAACCUUCUAAACCAGUAGGCUUAAAACCUCCACAAGGGCAGAAGCCACAAAUAUCUGUUAGACCAGAUCAAGGAACCUAUGAGGAUAGACCCAUUGUUUCUGUUGGUUCUGAAAAGCUGAAAAAACCAACCUCCAAGCCUUUUUUCUCCAAGCCCUUGAGCUCUAAGCCUUCCUCUCCAUCAUAUAUUCUUCUACCAGAAAAACAAUCUCAAGGUGUAAAAGCGACAUCAAAGAAACCAACUUUCGAAUCUUCAAGCAAACCUUCCUACUCCUUCAGACCUGAAUAUCCACCAGUUUCUUAUUCUGAGAUUCCAAUGAUUCCAGUUCAAGUUAUAACAGCUGAUCAAAUUUUGACAUCCACUCUUCAGUAUCAGAAUGACAAUAUACCAGUUUUCCAAGUAUUGAACACGAUAUCUGCUGAAGCAGUAAAUUCAAGUAAAAUUGAUUUGAAAGAUGAGAUUUUAGGUAUUGAUAAAAAUCCUAGCAAAUACCCUCAUCCAGUUUACAAACCUGAUAAAAUAAAAGUACCCCAAAAGACAAACAGUUCGAGUCAAGAGGUAAAAGCGCCUCUACCUGAAAUUCUUUUCUCAGACACGAGUGUUUAUAACAAAAUUCCUGAAUUUAUAACUUCAUCCAAAACUGAAACACCAGAUACUGUGAGUGUUAUUUCAGAAACUCAUUCAACUUCUAUCAAGAUUCCAGGUCACCCAGAAAUCCAGAUACCCUCUCGAUUCUCGGAAAAACCUGUCACAACUCCUAAACCUGAACCGAAGCCUACUAUUUCGAUGCAGACAGUAAAUUAUGCAUCAGAAGCUUCUAUAGUUUACAAACCUUCAGAUAAAUUAUCUGGUGACAAAUCUUCAUCUGAUAAGCCUUUACUUAGUGAAAUUCCAUCUAAAGAAACAACUGUCCCUUUAACUUCUCCAACCAAAGAAACAACUGCAAUCUUUAAAACCGAAACAACAACCGAGUUUGCGAAAGAAUCAGUCACUGAUAUCUCAAAACUAACAACUGAUCCAAUUUCUAAAAUAACCCAAGCUCCCGAAAUUUCAGAAACUAGUACGCUGAAAUUCAAUAAAGAAUCUGAAACAACGACAGAAUAUGUAUCCGAAGCUAGUACAAUUCCUGUUUUGGAGAUGGAAUUCCAAAAAAUGUCUGACAUAUCAGCUCACCAACAGGUGAUUUCUCCUGAGAUAUUAGCUAUAGAAAAAAUUAUUGAGACCUUACACCACCCAACAGAAACCAAAUUUGAAACUUCCACUACAGACAUGGAUUCAAGUGCAACUGAUUUUGGUACAGAAUCAGAAUUUUUGACAACCUUUACAAUUAUGGGUGAUGAAACAUCAACAGCUGAUUAUACAACAUUCGUAACAAGUAGAACAACAGAAAUAAAAUCUGAAACCACUGAAGAAAUUACUUCAUCCACAAGUGCAGUAAAAACGUCUACUUCUUCUGCGAUAUUGAGCCUUGAAAAUGCUACAGAUGAAACCCCUAAUUCUUACGAACCUCUGUCCACCGAUUUAGCUGAUUCUUUGUCUAUGAUGAUCUCACAGAUUUCAGAAACUAUGCCUUCUUUCCUACCAGAAUCUGAAAGGCCUUCGCUGACUGAAGUGCCUUUAAAAGGAGCUGAAAACUAUAAAUCUACAACAAUCAGCGAAGACAAGUUCUCAACUUUCUCGACUUACGAGCUAAAUACGGAAUCCACUAGAGUAACUCAAGGUUUUCCGAAUUUUGAAACGACUAUGUACAAAAAUGUAGAUGUUGAUAUUGGUGCAACUGUUCGUUUAGAAGAUGCUACCGAGACUGUGAAAGAUGCGGAAGUAAGUUCUGGUUUGAAACCUGAGGCAGAAGCUUCGACGAGUACCACUAGCAAGAGUGAUUUGGUUUUUAAUAUUCUAUCUAAUUCGCCUUCAUCAACUCAAUCUUCAGCAAACCCAUUUUCAACAACUCAAUCUAGAACUACUCCGUCUGUAACAAUUCCACCUGUAACAACUCCAUCUUCAACAACUUCACCUUUAACAACUGCAUCUUUAACAACUGCAUCUUCAACAAUUGCAUCUUCAACAACUGCAUCUUCAACAACUGCAUCUUCAACAACUGCAUCUUUAACAACUGCAUCUUCAUCAACUGCAUCUUCAACAACUUUAUCUUCAACAACUCCAUCUCGAACAACUUCCUCUUCAACAACUCUAGCUUCAACAACAGCAUCUUCAACAACAGCAUCUUCAACAACUGCAUCUUCAACAACUCCAUCUUCAACAACUGUGUCUUUCACAACUCAAUCUUCAACAACUCCAUUUUCAACAACUGCAUCUUCCACAACUCAAUCUUCAACAACUUUAUCUUCAACAACUCCAUAUUCAGUAUCUUCAGCAUCUCCAUCUGCAACAAUUUCAUCUACAAUGACAGAAAAUGCAGAAAUUUUGGAAUCUUCAUCUGAUGCAAUAACUAAUCAGACUACUAAAAUUGAAGAAUCAGCACUAGAUCAGAUUCCUCAAAGUGAUGAGUCACAAAAAUUACCACCUGUUAAUGUAACAGAGACGCCUGUUAUUAGAGUAGCUGUCACGGAAUCUGGAAGUACAAAUACCUCUCAGACUGACGGGACAAAUGAAAAUACUGAAUCUCCUUUUAUCAGGAUACAAAUGUCUGAUGCAGUUUCAAUUAUCAACAAUCUGCUGGAAUCAGCAUCUGCCCAGACAACAACAUCCUAUGUUACACUUAAUUUACCUGAAGAAGCAACUAAUCAUCCAAAUAUAAUUGGAAGUGGUCUUAUUGCUGGAUUUCCCGUUGGUAAUGAAACAGUAUUUGGUUCAACAAAGACACCAGUUGCAACUGAUUCUUUGAACUAUUCAAAUGCUUAUCCUACUACUCCAAAAACUUUGGAAUUCACUGCAGCUGUUAAAAACAAAACUAAAGGAACUGAAGAUCAACCUAAACUUACUGUAGAUAAAAUUGAAGGCCCUGAAGAAAGUGAGGUUAAGCUUGAUGAAACUGGAGAUAAGACUGAAAAAACUACAGACAAACUUAAAGUUGCUGAAGAUAAAACUGAACUUACUACUGAAAAACCUAAAGAUACUGAAGCUAACGUAACAACGGAAAAUUCUAAAGAUACUGAAGAUGAAACCAACAUGACUACAGAAAAUUCUAGAGAUACUGAAGAAAUAGUUAAAGUGACUAGGGAAAAAUCUAAAGAUACUGAAGACCAAGUUAAAUUAACUACAAAUAAUACCAAGGUUGUUGAAGACAACACUCAAGUUCCUGCUGAGAAAACUAAAAACACUGAAGAGAUUGAAAAUUCGACCCAGGCCGAAAAAGAAUUGUCUACCACAGAAAAAGAUUCAUUGUUCCUACAGACGAAUGUUGAUAAGAUAGAAAACAUCACUAAACAAGUUGAAGAGUCGCAAACUCCUAGUAGAGAAAGUGGAUCAACAAGUAUCGAAAUCAAGAAUGAUGCCGGAGAGUCUAUUACGUCAUCUCCUGUGUCCGAAGUGAAAUUUGAAGAGAAACUUAACAAUACCUUGGAAGUAUCAACACAAGUCGAAAAUAUCAUCACUUCGAUUCACAAAAAUCAAACUAAAGCAUCAAAUGUUUCCGAGCCCGUAGACCAAUCUGCAAUUGAAAGUUUAGCCAUCCAAAAAGAAAAUAUUACUGAAGUUGAAAAUAAUACAGAUGUGCCAACUCUUCUUACAUCAUUAGUUACUGAAAUAAACGAAACUGAAGCGAGUGCUAGUGAACACUUGGAGACAAUAAUAACCACAACUCCUAAAUCAAACAAGGAGACGGUAACAACACGUAAAUCAACUGAAGAUACAGUAACGACUACUAAACCAACCGAGGAGACAGUAGUCACUAAUCCUGAAUCAAAAACAACAACUCAAGAACCUUCAAAAUUAGUUUUACCAAGUACAAACAAAACAAGGAAACCUGAAACUCCUGUUGUUCGCAUAGACUUAAGUCCAGAAACGAAUUCUCCGGAAUUGUCAGAAAAAAUUCAACUGACUGAGCUUCCUAUCUUCGAGAAGGUGGCGAUGAUAAAUCCUGAUACUCCAGUCGCAGUAAAUAGUACUGAUCUAACUAAUGGCAUCAUAUCUUCGGAUAAUAACAAACAAAAUCCUGACUCAAAUAUUUCUAAGUUGUCUGAAGUUGAUACAAAAGUUAACUCGAACAGUGACGAGGAUAAGAAAGUAGAACUUGUGGCGAUGGUUACUGAUGUUGACCAAGGUCACAAGAAUACUAGCAAUGUAGAAGGCCAAGAAGUUAGAAUUAGAGUAAAUGAUACAGCUGUUUUGGUUUCUAAAAUACCAUCAAUUAGUGCUAACCAAACAAAAUUAAGUUUGGAUAAGGAAGAUGGUGAUAGAAAAACACCCUUAGCUCCUUUAGUACCAAUAACACCCUCAGUACCUCUCAAGGAAGAGGUUAAGCAAAAAGAAGAAAAAGUUCAGUUCAUACCUCUUGAGCCUGCCAAGAAUACUUCACACGACCUUCCCAAAGAAGACGAAAAGAAACCCAUUGUUAGUUCACUCGAUGAAAAGGAUAAGCCAAAGAUCGACACGAAAUUAAUAAUUAAUACCACUAAAAUUCUUGAAUCUGAAAAAAUUGUAAAUGAUGUACCUACUGGAUUUAAGCCAAUCAAUACUAUACCUGUGAUAAAACCUUCAGUUGAGACAGAAAACGUUGAAGAAAAUAAGGAAAAUGCCUACAACAAGCUAGGUGAAGUACCUGGGUCUGUAUCCUUGGCCGAAGGUGGCAAUAACAAACUUUCCAGUCUUUUCCCAAAGAAAAAUUUCACAAGCCCUACUUCGGCGAAGCCCGGAUUGCAAGGACCUCCUGCUCAGAGACCAUUUGCAAAACCCACAAGACCACCUGUAGGUCUGGGUGGUGCAAAAACACCGGUAGGUUUAAAUGGUGCGAAGCCAUCUUCAGGACCAAAUUCAUCAAAACCCAACCUACCAAACAAGCACCGUCCUGGUUUUCACGAAACAAAUUCUCAAAAGCCAACAGAAUCAAUGAAGAAACCUGAAGGCAGUUUGAACUUGGAUGAGAAGUGGGCUCUCAUUCCACAGACAAAUACAGCAUCAGCAUCAAAGAAUCCAAAGCCUACAGCAUCGACGAAUAGCGUCGUAAUGAAGGAGUCUCCGAGACCUCAAGCGCAACAACCACAGGUGGCUUUGGAUGCUUCACAGAGUGUAAUUGGACUUGAUGGAAGUAUCGCGAACCUGUCUCCUGAUAUAGUUUACUUUUCCAAUCUUUGCAAUGAACUAGCAUUUAGUUUCUGGAGUGCCGCUAACAAAGGACUCAGCACUUCUAGAUCAUUGGCUUUAUCUCCUUUUGGCAUGACAAGCAUGCUAGCGAUGGUCUUUCUAGGAGCGCGAGGACCAACAUCGGACGAGAUGAAUGACCUUCUGAGACUAGAUGAUGUUUCCACCUUUAAUCCUCACUUGGUUUUCCAAAACGUGACUGAUACAGUCAGUCUAGCUAGACGACAAGGAAUAGCUAACGCAGCCUUUGUCAGGGAGCUUUUUGCUGACAGAAUCAAGGUUGGAAAAGUCAUGCCCUUCUAUAAGGAACAGGCCCAGCAGUUCUACGAGGGAUUCGUUGAAGAGGUUAACUUUGCAGCGAUCAGUGACAUUUUAAGAAGAAGAACAAAUCUCCUGAUCAGGAAGCAGACUGGUGGCAGAAUCAGGGAUUUUGUCAGGAUGAAUUCUGUACCUUUAAGAGCUCCUCUAGCAGCUUUGUCUGCCAACGUUUUCCAAACAGAGUGCAACUGUAGUGCUGCAAGUUCGGAAGGAAGAGAUGGGGAAUUGUACUUUGCAGUAUCCCCUGCAGUCAGACAGAGGAAAUUAAUACCAGUUCCUGCAACGGUUUGGAAGUCUGGAGUCCUUGCUGGUUAUGAACCAAGUUUGGAUGCAACUGUAAUUGCUCUCGGUGGUAUGGAGAAAUUGGUAUCGACGAUUUUUGUUGUUCCUGGUCAACAAGGUCACAUGGCUCCAGGAGACAACCUCGAUAAUUUGGAAGUGAGACUUGUGAAAGGGGCUCUUCAUGAUGGAUCUUGGGAGAAACUUCUUAAGGUUUUGAUACCUCGAACAUCAUUGGAGCUUCAGGUACCUAAGUUCAGUCACAGAUCGAUUGUGAAUGCCACAGCUGCCUUAAAGAGGAUGGGUCUUGCUGAACUAUUCACCAAACAUGCGGACCUUAAAGGCAUCAAUGGGGUUGGCCAUGACUUGCACUUGGCUGAUGUUCUUCAGAUGAAUUUGUUCAGUACUUGUGGAGACGAGAACAUAUCAAGUGGUAGACAUCACGUUGAGAUCUACCCAGGACCUCCGUCAAGACUUUCACGGAUAAUGUCAAACUUUGAUGAACAACCAGAUGACAUGGCUGAUGGAGAAUUUUAUCCUGAGAGUGAAAAUCAAUUUACUAGUACUUUGAGUGCCGAUGACGAUUCUUUAAGUCAAGAGCGUAGAUCGUCCAGGCAAACUGAAAUUCCAGAAAAACCAAGGCUCAAGCUGGACAGGCCCUUUUUGUACUUUGUACGACACAAUCCCACUGGUCUGAUAUUGCACAUGGGAAGAUUCAAUCCUAGACUGUUACCCUAAAUUAUUUGACUAUCGUUAAGUGCCCAUUGAUCUGGCAAGUCGACUCGACUUUAUCAGUAUUCUUUUGUAUCUAAAUCUAUGAUGAAAACUUGUAAUUUCUCUAGCAAGAGUUAAAUUCUCAGAAAACUUUGAAUUGGUCGGGUCGAUAGCGGCGUUAGUAAUGUUUAUUUAUUCUGCGACACGUGGUCAGGACGCACAUCACACUCCUUUUUCGUGAUCUUCCUAACUACGUGGCUUUCAUUCCAAAAAGUAAGAUCAAAAGAAGGUCCAAACGAUUUUUGCGAAUUAAAAAAGUCCUUCCAAAAUUGUUUUUUAAUCUGCAUUAGGGCGGUACAAUGAAAGGCGCUUCUUGAAAAGUGAAAACGCUUUUCGAUUUUUUAAAAUAUAAGUCAAAUGAAGAAGUUUGACUCCUAUAAGAAAUCAAUCGAUUGAUUUUGAGUACUGCCUCAAAAUUGAUUUAGUUAAAAACUGCCAUAAUUUAGGACAUCUAUCAGAAUCAGUCGAUCGAGUUCCUACGGCGCAGUAGAAUUUCAUGGUGCCAAUAACUGCGCAGUAGAGUCAUACGCAUGCGCAGUAGAGUUUAAUGAAAAAAAUGCGCAUUAAAGUUACACGUAUGCGCACUCGAGUUUCAUGGCGGGAAUGGUACCAAAAAUCGAAACAAAUCCUUUCUUUGGAUGGACCUAAUAUACAUGAAGUUAAACGCACAAAAAUGGUGAAUUAGUUUAAUUAAAAGUGACUCUAAAUUAUUUUGUAUAUACAGAAUUCGGUUAAUUAUUGGACUCGUUGGUUCUAGUUUAAAGAUUUGCUUUAAGUUUGGACUCUGACUGUUUGAAACUGAGAAGUGACUAACUUUUAUCAUGAAUACGGUUUUUUUACCUAGUACACAAUUGUAACCUAUUAACCGUAAAGUAUUAACAAUAUCGAUAUUAUUGAGUGUGUGAGAAAUGGGAUGAGUGUGUGUAAAUAUAUGUGAAUCUUAUUGAUAAUUCCCCUCCCUGAAAAGCAAAUCUAUCAAAAUUAAUUCUGCGAUAAAAUGAGUAUUUAAGUAAACAUCUCGAUUGUAAAUUAAAUCUUGAAUGUGAAUUGAUUCCUGAAUGUAAAUUGAAUCUCGAAUGUAAAUGUGAAAUAUGAAAUGUGAUUCAAGGAUCGUUAGACAAAUAGAAAUUAAAGUCACGAUGCACCUACGCUCAGAAAAAUUGGAA